GCGGAAAGCAGACAUGAGAGCGCCUAUAUCCCGUCAUGCCUUGCGGCCCUGCGCGGGGGGGCGUGGCCUGUUGCUAGGGGCCGCGGCCGCCAUUGGCCGCGCGGUUGCCGAGGGCGGGUCUGGCGCCCGCCGGGCCGUGUCGGCGGUGUCGGCGGGGCCGGGGCCCGGCUUAGAGGGGCAAUGGAAUUCCCUUUCGACCUCGGCCCGGUGCUGGGCGAUCGCGUAUGCGUGGUGGAUCAACACCUCCGCCCCGCAGGCCGACCCGGCGCCGCCUACCGAGGGGACCUGGAGCAGCGGCUGAGGAGUGUGAUCGAUGAGCUGGGCCGGGCCUCGGCCAAGGCGCAGGGGCUCCCGGCUCCGGUCACCAGCGCCGCACGGAUGGAAACCAAUCGGCACGUGCUCUACAUCCUGCGCAGUGAGGGGCGUGGGACCCCCAAAAGCGCCGUCAUCGGCUUCAUCAAGGUUGGCUACAAGAAGCUGUUCCUCCUGGACCGCAACGGCGCCCACGUUGAAGCGGAGCCUCUUUGCGUCUUGGAUUUCUACAUCCACGAAUCCCUGCAGCGACACGGUUACGGUUUGGAGCUCUUCCAGCACAUGCUGCAGAGUGAGAGGGUCGAGCCGCGGCGUUUGGCCGUCGAUCGCCCCUCCGAGAAGCUCCUGGCGUUCCUCCGCAAACACUACGGCCUCACCGACGCCAUCCCGCAGGUAAACAACUUCGUUAUCUUCGAGGGGUUCUUCUCUAAUCGCCCGGCCCCCACCCGCCGGCCGCCCGCCAAGCGGCAAGAGGAGGAGAUCAAACCCUAUUCGCUGUCUGACCGGGAAUUCCUGCGUGAGGAACCGGAGCCCCCCUGGCCCUUCAACCUGACGCCGGGGCGCGCGGGGGGGUCCCCGGUGCGCGGCAGCCUCCGGCCCUUCCUGCUGCGUCGGGAGCCGCCGGACGGACGGACGGAAGGACGGACAGACGCCCCCCCCCAACGCCGCGCCAGGUCCGGCCCCGCUUCGGCCCCUCCGGGUUUGGGGUAUUUGAACCUCUUGGGUUGGGGUUUGCCUCAUUGCUGCCUUUACCCCCACAGCUCCCUCGGGCGCACCGGGCACUGAGCCCCACGGCAGCUGCGCCCCACGGCGCCCAGCGGGGAUGUGGGGCACCCAGCCCUGCCCCACGGCUGCCCCCUCCUGCCCCACAGCUCCCAGGGGGGCCUGUCCCUGCCCCACAGCUCCCAGGGGGGCCUGUUCCUGCCCCACAGGUGCCCCCUUUCUGCCCCACAGCCCCCAUGGGUGCCU